AUGUAUGAGCAGAUAUUUGUUGAUAAGAUUUUAAAUGUUGGGGGACCAGAGCCAUAUAUAGCAGAUAAUUUUUAUCUUCCUCCACCGCCUGCACCUCCUCCAGCACCACCACCUACGCCUCCUCCGGCCCCAGCACCAACUCCGACCCCAACGCCAAUACCAAUGCCUAUUCCAACUCCACCACCUCCCCCAAAUCCAUGUCCACCUCCAAGACCACCACCUGCACCACCUCCAAGACCACCACCUCCCCCGGCACCACCUCCAAGACCACCGCCUCCCCCGGCACCACCUCCAAGGCCACCGCCUCCCCCGGCACCACCUCCAAGACCACCGCCUCCCCCGGCACCACCUCCAAGACCACCGCCUCCCCCAGCACCACCUCCAAGACCACCACCACCACCUGCACCACCUCCAAGGCCACCUCCUCCGCCUGCACCACCUCCAAGACCACCACCACCACCUGCACCACCUCCAAGACCACCACCUCCCCCGGAACCACCUCCAACACCGCCGCCUGCUCCGCCACCAACACCCCCACCAGCACCAAAUCCUCCUCCACUACCAGAUCCACCACCAAGACCUCCUCCACCCCCACUUCCUCCUCCACCUCCCCCUCCAAGACCACCGCCUGCUCCGCCACCAAUGCCAGCACCAGCACCAAAUCCUCCUCCACUACCUGAUCCACCACCAACACCUCCUCCACCACCACUGCCUCCUCCACCACCAGCACCAAUUCCUCCACCAGCUCCACCUCCAACGCCACCACCAGCACCAAAGCCUCCUCCACUACCUGAUCCACCACCAAGACCUCCUCCACCACCACUUCCUCCUCCCCCUCCCCCUCCAAUGCCACCACCAGCAGCAGCUCCACCUCCAACGCCACCACCAGCACCAAAACCUCCUCCACUACCUGAUCCUCCUCCAACACCACCGCCCCCACCACUGCCUCCUCCACCACCACCACCAAUUCCUCCACCGGCUGCACCACCACCUACACCUCCACCAGCUCCAAAACCACCACCUUGGCCCGACCCUCCGCCAACACCACCACCACCUCCCCCUCCAAGUCCACCACCUCCUCCAAGUCCUCCACCACCCCCUGCACCUCCACCAGCACCAAAACCACCACCCUUACCUCCACCAACACCUCCUCCACCACCACCGCCCAAUCCACCACCUCCACCAACACCUCCUCCAGCGCCACCACCUACUCCGCCACCAGCACCAAAUCCACCUCCAUGUCCAGCGCCACCUCCAAGGCCUCCACCUCCACCACCACCAAACCCUCCUCCUCCUCCAAUACCACCACCACGAGGUCCGCGACCUCCCCAUCCACCACGCCUACCUCCAAACCCGUUCCUACCCCAUCCCUCUGUUUGA